GUUCCACUUGCUCUGCUCAAGAGACAGAAAAAUUUUUUUUUCUUUUAAAAAUUGUUUAUUUUCUCUUCAACCCAUUCACCUUUUAUGCUACCUACACCGAGACCUUUUUUCCUCCAGGAGGCAAAGGCAGCAUUUGCAGGUACCAAAGAAAAUCUCCAGAUUUGCCGGCUAAGUUGCUUCUCAGCUGUGGGCGGAGUGCGGUGAUUGCACCUUGGCGUGGAGCCCCUUCCUUACCCAGCCCCACCCUCAGCCCUCCUUGCCUUCCUCAAGACCCGUGGGCCGGGUGCUGAGUUCUGCAUCCCCCUCCCUGGCUCAUUAUCCAUUCACUCACGUCUGCGAAAGUGUGGCCAGGGCUAGCCCGGGACCAGGGACCCGCAGCCCGCGCCAGAUCCCCGGAGGCCCCGCCUCGCCCCGUGCUGCCGGGGCGGAUAAAUGGCCUCUGAGCCCGCCGAGCUUCAUCCGACUUCGCCGCGGCUCAGCUCGCGCUGGCGUUUUCCCCAACCACAACACCCCCCACCCUCACAGUGAGCCCUCCGCCCAUGGAGGAGGAGGAGACGUACCUGGAGCUCUACCUGGACCGAUGCGCCGCCCAGGAUGACCUUUCCCCACCCAGGUCACUCCUGCUCAGCCCAGUUGUGCCUUGUGAUGUGUACAUACCUAAUUCAUCCAAUCCAGAGACUGCAUUUAAUUCACAGCUUGAAGAAGUCAAAGAAAUUUCUGACAGUUUCUCAUCUGCGGAUCUUAGCUUCCUGCCAGAUGAGCUUAUGCAAGAAAGUAGAGACCAGACUGUCAUUAGAAGCAAGAAUGAAACUGAAGAAAAUUGUAAAACUCAAAGUCGGCAAAGUAGGUUGCCAUCACCCAGCCAACAGGACAUUGGCCUGGCCUUUAGCAGCAGCAGUGGGUCAAAUUCAAAUUCCCAUCUGCACCCUGGUGAUGCUGACUCAGUCCAGCCCUCUUCUGAGAAACCAUACUCCUUGCCUCUGGUGUCCAUAACUCCCAUGACACCAAUGACCCCUGUUUCAGAAUGUCCUGGAAUUGUGCCUCAACUACAGUAAAGGUUUGCUGCUGUCAUAAUGAGGAUCCGAGAGCCCAGGACAACAGCCCUCAUAUUUAGCUCUGGGAAGAUGGUCUGCACAGGAGCCAAAAGUGAAGAGCAGUCUCGACUUGCAGCCAGAAAGUAUGCUCGUGUGGUGCAGAAGCUGGGAUUUCCUGCCAGAUUCCUCGAUUUUAAAAUUCAGAACAUGGUUGGAAGCUGUGAUGUGAGAUUUCCUAUUAGGCUGGAAGGUUUGGUGCUAACCCAUCAGCAGUUCAGUAGUUAUGAACCUGAACUAUUUCCUGGCCUCAUUUAUAGAAUGGUGAAACCACGGAUUGUGUUGCUUAUCUUUGUGUCUGGAAAAGUUGUGUUGACGGGUGCCAAAGAACGUUCUGAGAUCUAUGAAGCAUUUGAAAACAUCUAUCCUAUUCUAAAGGGUUUUAAAAAAACCUGAGUAUGUCAUUCAACAUC